AUGGCGCCACGACGGAGCGCCGCCGACACCGCCGAAGCGGACCGGAGCCGGCUGCAGGAGAUGGGGUACAAGCAGGAGCUCAAGCGCGGGCUCAGCUUGGCGUCCAACGCCGCCUUCUCCUUCUCCAUCAUCUCCGUGCUCAUGGGCGUCACGGCGACCUACAACACGGGGCUGCGCUACGGCGGGCCGGUGUCCAUGACGCUCGGGUGGUUCGUUGUGUCCUUCUUCAACGGCUGCGUCGCCCUGUCCAUGGCGGAGAUCUGCUCCGCCUACCCGACCUCCGGCGGGCUCUACUACUGGAGCGCCAAGCUCGCCGGCAAGAACUGGGCGCCUUUUGCUUCCUGGAUCACCGGCUGGUUCAACAUCGUGGGACAGUGGGCUGGUACAACGAGCGUGGACUUCUCUCUCGCACAGCUUAUCCAGGUUAUCAUUUUGCUCGGCACCGGCGGCGCCAACGGCGGCGGCUACAUGGCCUCCAAGUACGUCGUCUUGUCCAUCUACGCUCUCAUCCUCUUCCUACAUGGGCUCAUCAACAACCUUCCCAUCCACUGCUUGUCCUGGUUCGGCCACCUUGGCGCUUUCUGGAAUAUCGCAGGUAUCUUAGUGUUGGCGAUCCUGAUUCCGGCUGUUGCCAAGGAGAGGGCGAGUGUUGGGUUCAUCUUCACACACUUCAACACUGACAAUGGCAUGGGGAUCCAUAGCAAGGUCUAUAUUCUAGCCGUGGGGUUGUUGAUGAGCCAGUACUCGGUGCUCGGUUAUGACGCAUCUGCUCACAUGACUGAAGAAACCAAGAAUGCCGACAGAAGCGGCCCAAUCGGGAUCAUCACUGCGGUGGCUCUCUCGUCGAUCUUCGGGUGGAUUUACUUGGUUGCUCUCACGUCUGUGGUGAUAGACAUACCAUAUCUCCUUAGCCCCGACAAUGAUGCCGGCGGGAACGCUAUCGCCCAGGCUCUCUACUCAACGUUUCGUUUGAGGUUCGGCAGUGGGGCGGGAGCAGUUGCCUGCCUCGUUGUCAUAGCCGUUGCCAUGUUCCUCUGCGGGCUAGCAUCCAUCACCAGCAAUUCAAGGAUGGGGUAUGCCUUCUCCCGAGACGGGGCGAUGCCGUUCUCGCACUUGUGGUACCGGGUGAGCAAGCACGAGGUGCCACUGAACAUGGUUUGGCUCUCCGUCCUCGUGGCAUUUGUUAUGGCCCUCACGUCGUUGGGAAGCCAGGUAGCUUUCCAAGCCAUGGCGUCGAUUGCGACGAUAGGGUUGUACAUCUCCUACGCGCUGCCCAUUUUCUUCCGGGUGACAACGGCUCGGAAGUCCUUCAUUCGGGGACCUUUCCAUCUUGGCAGGUAUGGGCUCAUCGUCGGCUGGACUGCUGUUCUCUGGGUGGCCUUCGUCACGGUGCUCUUUUCUUUGCCGGUGGCGUACCCAGUGGCAAAGGACGACUUCAACUACACUCCAGUGGCCGUGGGAGGCGUGCUACUACUUAGUGUCGGUUCCUGGGUGUUCCAUGCUCGGUUUUGGUUCAAGGGGCCUAUCAUAAAUGUCGAAAUAUAGUGCUAGAAGUAGAC